AUGUUCCGUCAACGGACAAGCUCGCAAAAGCCAGGCGACGACCUGAUUGCCAACUUCAGGCAGCAUUUCCCUGAGGUGGCAGCAGGCUCGUCUGCCGCCCCCUCCUCAUCACAGACGACUACCGCGGGAAACCCAGGAGCCGCACCCAAUGCGCAAGACAGGGCUCACGGCUUGGGUCAUGACGCCUUCCAUGACCAAGAUCCCACCCCCAGGGCUUCCAACGAGCCCUGGAGGUUCACUCCGUCCCUGAUGGAUCCCAACUCCUUCGCCUUCACCAACUUCGCCAAUGCUCCGCCGGGUUACUACACUCCCACGCCUGGUGGCACGAACACUCUGUAUCAUCCACAGGCCGGCGAUCUUCACACCCCCACCCUGUUUGGCAUGGGCCUAGGCACGCCGCUGUCGAUGCCCACAACAGAAGCUGCAAUGCAGUCCGGUCCUGGCUCUGGCCCAGGUCCAGUCCCAGGUCCCACCCCGGGCCCUCCCAUGAUGGACCUUGCCGGCUUCCACCACGGCCCCGCGAACCUGCACCCGGGCCAGUUCCAUCAGCAGCCGCACUUCAAUCCCUUCGUUCAGCCCCAUCCGCAACAGCAGUCCUUCGCCCCCUCGAGUUUCGUCCACCAAGACACUGGCUACGAGACCAUGGAUCAGGAUGGUUCUCCGAUGGGUUCUGAUCAGGGCGACGAGCGCAUGGGCUCCAUCGAUAGCGCCUUCCAUGGCCAGUCCCCCAUGCUGGGCUUCCAGCCGAGGCAGCAGUACGGAAUGGCCAUGCCACUGCCCAUGCAUCCCUCGGCCGAAAAAUACCGGUACCAUGUGACCCUCAAUGCGCCAACGGCCAUGAUAAAGCACGCCGAUGAGAUCCCAGUAACCUACCUCAACAAGGGCCAGGCUUAUUCACUCUCCAUAGUGGACACGCAGCCUGCCAUCCCCAUCGCGCCAGGAACUCGGCUCAGGACCUUUGUCCGCGUCUCCUUCGAGGAUGAACAACAACGCCAGAAGCCUGGUGUGUGUUGGAGCCUGUGGAAGGAAGGCAGGGGCACUAAUGAGGCCCACCAGCGAGGCGGAAAGCUGCAGGCCGUAGAGUACGUCGAGGCUGGCCAACCGGCCGACGGUGAUGACAAGCGGACGAGGGUGGAACUGGAAAGCGCUUCUUUUGACGGCUUCUCGGUGAUAUGGACACCAGGUGUCAACGGUUCCGUUGAGUGUAACGUCGCUGUCCGCUUCAACUUCCUAUCUACCGACUUCAGCCACUCAAAAGGUGUCAAAGGCAUUCCAGUGCGACUUUGCGCCAAGACCAAUGCUUUGGACUCAGAAGGCCCGCCUGCGACGGACACCACGCCGGAGAUAUGCUAUUGCAAGGUCAAACUCUUCCGCGAUCAUGGCGCCGAAAGAAAACUAUCCAACGAUGUCGCACACGUCAAGAAAACCAUCGACAAACUCAAGCAACAAAUCGCGCAGGCCGAGAGUGGGUUGAAGGAUUUUGGCAAGCGUAAGCGGGCUGGUGGAUCACAAAUGAAGGGUGUCGACAGUAGCCAGAGGCCUGGCAAGGUUCAAAAACACAAACGCACGUGGUCCAUGUCCUCUGCCAGCUCGGCCGGCGGUGGGAACGGUGGCGCUCGGAAUGCGCUCGAAGACGACCUUCAUUUCAAAUUGCAGACUCUUCAGGACAUGUUCACUAGCACGCGACCAGUCAGCGUGCUGUACCUGAAGGGUGAUGACCUCGACGACCCAGAUGCGCACCCAGUCUCGUUGCCUGGCGAUUCUUCUCUCGACCUAACGAAGGUUGAGUCCCGGGAAAGCACCACCUGGAGAGAUCGCAGCACUCACAGCUCCGUGACCGGGUCGCUCGUGUCCCCAUCUCCCAGCUCAUUGUCGCUGCACUCAACUGCAUCUGUCACGGUACCGGGUGUGCCAUGGCAGGAACGUGCCGCUGUCGGAUCUGACCCGUCAUCACGACAGGGCUCUCUCCAGCCAAGUCGGGUCCCGAAAGCGGUAGACGCAGGUAGCCUCAGCGGCUGGAUCGAGGCUCUGGGCGUGGACCCCUCUUACCGGCCACCCCCCGAGCGAUCUGUGAAGCCGAUCGCGUGCUUCUACGUGCUGAGGAAGGACGGGGCAGAAACCGAGGCGCGCGAGUAUCACAGGGCAAUCUAUCUCAUGCAGCGCACGCUUGCAGAGUUCGUCGCGCGCAUUGCCUCAAAAUGGAACAUCGACGUCAAGCGAGUGUCCCGGGUCGUGCACACCUUGCAGAGCGGGCUGGAGGUCGAAAUGGAUGACGACGUAAUUAAGGAGCUCUCCGAAGGGCAGGAUAUGGUCCUCGAGAUUGUUGAGCAGAAACAGCCCGUAAAGCGCGAGUGGGAGAUGUCACUGGACGACGCACCCGGAGAAGAAGACGACGCUGCCAUGACACAACCGUUGCAGCAAAAUAAUUACGAGCUUCGGCUUGCCUUCUGA